UAACUACCGGUCUAAACAAAAACAACAUUCCACCUACCAAACAUUGUGUUGCUGGAAGACACAUGUGCUUGAGAUACAAACAUUAAGUACAAUUCUGGGAUUCUACAUCAGGUAGAUCACCGUCAUGCUUUCUCAAAGGUCCAUAAAAAGUGAAUCAUCUUGUUGCACAUGACCACUGGGCAAGAGAAGUAAGGCCAUACCCCACCCUGUGGCCAGACAUGCUAUGAACACUUUUUUAUUUUACCCAGCAGAUUGAGCAAGAAGAACAUCUAUUUUAAAAUGUUCCUCAUUGCAGUUCUCUGUGUCUUCAUUCCAUUUUGUGGAAUGCUUUUGAUAGCAUGCACAGGACUUUUUAAUGAGGUUGAACUGGAAAUUGGCUUGCAGCAUUAUGCGGAAAAAACCUGGCUACCAUUUUGUUCCUUUAUGCCACUUAAUACUUGUAUUAACAUUGCUUACAUUGGUCUAGGGCUGAACUGGCUUGCCAUGGCUAAAGCAUCUUCAGAGCAAGGAAUUUUAAAAGGUAGAGACACCUUUCUGUUUUACACAUUUAACCUGAUGAGCAUUGUUUACGGUUUUGUUCAACUGUUUAGGAUAGUGAGCCAGCAGUUGCUGUGGGGAGUGAUGGACCAGUGGUGCACUUUCCCUUUCUUCUCCCUCUUGCUGGUCUGGGGACUUUAUUACCAGCAUGGCUGGUCUACUCAGAGAGCAGGGUUCAUCAUGUUGCUAUCAAGCUUCAGCUAUGCUUUGAGUCUGUGUUUUAGCCUAGGGUUUGAACUAGCCUUGGGUGUGCAUAUAUUGGGUGCACUGUACGCUGCAAGGGUGGCCUAUGUCAGACACCCAGCUGUUGGCUGUCUGUCAUCUUUCUAUCUGGCUCUUCUGUCCUGCAUAGGUUUUGUUGUCUUGAAGCUACUAGACCAUCAGUUGCCUAAUAUUUGCUUUCUUUUUAGGUUUGUGUCAGGGCAUUUUCUCAGCAAAAUUUGUGAUGUUUAUCAAAUACAUUUUGUCAAUCAUUUUUUCUUUGAUCUCACUCUUCAAAAGGCAGCAGAUAAUAGCAGAGUUGAGCAAAAUAAAUUCUUUGAGCAUUUUGAAAAAAAUGAUUAUUUUCAGAGGUCAUUUUCUAAUGAUAUAAUGUAUGAAAUGGUCAGUAGACCAAUUAAUAAAUAAUGUAUGAACUGGUAGGUGAUCUAGUCAUUAGACCAUUAAAUAAAUAUAAGUAAAACAUGUUAGCUUGCCACGGUUGAGUGUUAAGUUUGAUGAUGUUGACAUGUAUUCAGGUGUUCUUGUUACAGAAUAAUGAAUAUACUGCUAAUGUUGAGUACUGAUGUAUACAACUAUCCUUGUAAGGAUUGUGUUUUGAUAAAGCCCACUCUCUUCCCUACAUGACUUUUAGAACCAGUUUUCUCACAUUUUUAUUUUAAGCUCUGCUUGGUCAAAGGUUAUUUUGUCGUGUAAUAUUCUUAUUGAAAAGCAAGUUUUAAAUCAUUUGUAAAAAUUCAGCUUUAUAAUUUUGUAUAUUCUAAUAUAAGUAAGGAUUUUGUUAUUUUCAUGUUGGUCAGAAAAUAGUGGAGUUUCUUUUAGCAGCUUUAAGUGUCUUUUUUGUUUGUUUUUUUAACAGUAUCAUUUUAUAAAACGAACCAUAUUAACUUGACAGAUUGCAAAAUUAAGACAUGUAAUUAUAAAUUUUUAUUUGUUACAAACACCUUGGUCAAAAAUAGUGCUUUGACUCUUUUAAUGUGCUUUUAUUUUAACUGUAACAUACCACCUCAGUUUUGGUACAUUAGAAUACGUCUAUUUCUGUCUCAGUGCUUUUUUUUAUUUUGUCAAUACAUUACUUUUAGAAUUUUGACAAAUACUGUAAAUUUGUAUGUAAAAUCACUUUUACUUGAAUAUUUAUUGCUGUAAACAGUUGGCCCAUUGCUGCAGCUAAUGGCCUUGCCUUAGCUGACAAUGUUUAGCUCUGUUAUUGUAAGGUUGUCAUUCAAAUCAUGAAUGUUAUUUUAUAACUUUUAGUUGACAUGUUAACCCUUGUUGUUUAAUGUGAGUUAAUGUCAAAACAAAUGUCCGUAAGGGAAAUAAGCCAGGUUAAUCUACUGUUUGUUUUAUUGUAUUGCCAUUUGAUGACUAUUGUUAAUGUAGCAUACACGUUUUUGGAGUAAAAUACAUAUUAAAUACAUGAUUUUAUAAUGUAAUUGUUACAAAAUAAACCAUUGUUCAC